UCUACUCUCCGCUUCACCGCGCCUCCACUUCGUCCGCCGACAGAAUUACGUUUCUUUGCUUUCUUUCUUUUAUCACCGAACGGCCGCCGUGAACGUUACGCUCACGUCAUAAUUUCUACACAGAGACACGUACAAUCGCAAGCGGAAAAAUGGCGUCAGGCACCCUGUACACGUAUUUGAACAACUUCCGAGCGUACAAGGUGCUCAUAGCGGCUCAGUACAGCGGAGCCGAUGUCAAAGUCGACCCGGCAUUCGAAUUCGGCGUCACCAACAAACAGGAGGACUUCCUCAAGAAGUUCCCCCAAGGAAAGGUACCGGCAUUUGAAUCCAACAAGAAGGAAUAUCUGACCGAAAGCAAUGCCAUCGCCUAUUUUGUAUCCAGCGAGCAACUCAAAGGAUCUACUCCAUAUGAAAAAGCCCUUGUACAACAAUUCACCAGUUAUGCUGAUAAUGAAAUUUUACCAGCUUCUUAUGCUUGGGUGUACCCCUCUCUUAGUAUUGCCCAAUUUAAUAAAUCGUCUGUUGAUAGAGCUAUUGAAGAUGUCAAAGGAAUUUUGGAGUACUUGAAUAAUCAUCUUUUGACAAAAACAUACUUGGUUGGCGAACGUAUUACAUUGGCCGAUAUAGCUGUAGCCUGUUCAUUACUACAAUUGUAUCAGCAUGUUGUAAAUCCUGAAUUCAAAAAGCCAUUCACCAAUGUGAACAGAUGGUUUGAUACCAUUGUUAACCAACCUAAAGUUGUUAAAGUCAUUGGAAAGUUUGAGUACUGUCAAAAGACUGCUGAAUUCAACCAAAAGACUUACUCAGAUUUCCAAGGUGGAUCAGGAGAAAAGAAGUCUCAGGCUAAAAAAGAAAAAGUAACUAAAAAGGCAGCUGAACCUAAAAAAGCAGCACCUAAAGUAGAGGUUCAAGAAGAAGAACCUGAUGCAGCUGAGCUCAUCUUAGCUGCUGAACCCAAAUCCAGCAAUCCUUUUGAUGCUUUACCUAAAGGAACAUUCAAUAUGGAUGAGUUCAAGCGAGUUUAUAGUAACGAAGAAGAAUCUAAAUCUAUUGCUUACUUCUGGGACCACUUUGAUAAGGAAAAUUAUUCAAUUUGGUUUGGUGAAUACAAAUACAAUAGUGAACUACAGAAAGUCUUCAUGAGUUGUAAUCUGAUCUCUGGAAUGUACCAGCGAUUGGAUAAGAUGAGAAAGCAAGCUUUUGCAUCUGUAUGUCUUUUCGGUUCAGAAGGCGAUAGCACCAUUUCUGGAGUUUGGAUUUGGCGAGGACACGAUCUUGCAUUUGAAUUGAGCAAUGAUUGGAAAGUCGAUUAUGAUGUCUAUACAUGGAAGAAACUAGAUGCCAACACUGAAGAAACUAAGAAGUUGGUUAGCGAGUAUUUUGCAUGGACAGCCAAGGACAAGGAUGGCAGACCUUUCAACCAAGGAAAAAUAUUUAAAUAAAUACUUCUGUAUUUAUAAAUUGAUCAUAUUUAAUAAUAUAAAAAAAAGAAACAAUUGUUUA